AUGCCCAUUAAAUUUCCAAAGCAUUUGAAGCCUAUUGAACCACAGGGAGCAAGUAUUUUAGAAAAAGAACGUCAGAAUGCUACGUUUAAUACUGAGGAUUUGAUGGAAUUCAUUUUCGGAAAGGAUUAUAUCACGAAAAGGAAUCGUAUCUUAGGCAUUCUUCAGAAUGAUCCUGUAUUGGGAGACAAAUCUCAUCGUUAUUAUAAUGGUCGAGAUGUGCGUUUUAAAAAGUCAUUAGCAGCUGCCAAGCGGUUUGUUGAAUUGCAAAGAAUUCAUAACUGGACAGAUGAAGAAUAUGGAAUUGCUGACUUUCUUUUUGACGAAUCAACUGCAUUUCGACUUCAUCGUAGCAUGUUUAUGCCUACUAUUGCCAAUCAGGGCACUGAGGAGCAAAAAAAGCUGUUCCUGGAACCAGCCUUAAAGUAUGAAAUUAUAGGGUGUUAUGCUCAGACAGAGCUUGGUCAUGGUUCCAAUGUACGAGGAUUAGAAACAACGGCAACAUAUCAUCCCGAAACUGAAACAUUCGUGCUCAAUUCUCCCACCUUGACCGCUUCCAAGUGGUGGAUUGGUGGCCUUGGUGUUGCCGCCAACUAUGCUGUGGUCAUGGCUCGACUGAUUAGCAAUGGUAAAGACUAUGGACCUCAUCCAUUUGUGGUUCAAAUUCGCAACUUGGAAAAUCACGAACCGUUAAAGGGAAUCACUGUGGGUGACAUUGGUCCAAAAUUUGGCUUCAACACCGUCGACAAUGGGUUCAUUCUAUUUGAUAACGUGCAUGUGCCUCAUAUUUCAAUGCUUGCACGCUACUCACGUAUUGAUAAAAAAACAGGAGAGUAUAUCAAUCCACCAAAUUCAAAAUUGGCUUAUGGUACAAUGGUCUUUGUUCGAGCAAAUAUCGUCUUGGAAUCUCGUCUUGUUCUUGCUAGGGCAGCUACUGUUGCCGUUCGUUAUUCUGCAAUCCGUAUUCAAGGAUCUGAUGCAGCUAAUCCGAAAAAGGUGACAAACAGCAAAGGUGAGUCUGUAGUAGUGGAAACGCCAGUCCUUGAUUAUACCAUGCAACAGUACCGUUUGUUCCCGAUUAUCGCUCAAGCUUAUGCAUGUCAUUUCACGGGACAGCAAAUGCAUCGCAUGUAUAAUAAGAAUCAAGAAAGAAUGGCUCAGGGAGACUUUUCUUAUUUAGCAGAUCUUCAUGCAUCCUCGUCCGGACUAAAAAGCUUGACUACGACACUGGCUGUUGCUGCCAUUGAAGAGUGUAGGCGAGCUUGUGGAGGACACGGUUAUUCACUCUUCUCUGGCCUUGGUCAGUUUUACCAAGAUUAUCUACCUAAAGCCACUUGGGAAGGAGACAAUUAUUUGCUGACUCAACAGACUGCACGAUACCUUUUCAAGACGAUGAGACAGCUACGCGCGGGACGUAUAGACGGCAAAGAAUCGUUUUCAUCAGGAUACAUAUCAGAAUAUUUAUCAAACACCACCGUCCGCUGUUCGUUUAGUUAUCUCGAGGAGCUUGAUAAUCCUGAAGCUUUGCUUUCGGCUUUCAAGUUCCGUGCAGCCUUCCUGGUGGAUAAAGCUGUUCACGCUUUGGAUGCCGAAGGAGCCAGCUGGAACGACAUGCUCGUUGAGAUCUAUAGAGUCUCGCGUGCUCACUGUCAGCUACUGCUAGCCACGAAUUUUAUUCAGGCCGUGUUUGGUACAUCUUUGCAAGCCAACGCAAACACAGCUCGUGUUCUUCAACAGAUCGCUAUUCUCUUUUGUCUCUCGACCAUCGAGCAAGAGGCAGCUGAUUUCUUAAGCUCGGGAUAUCUCUCUCCUGAGCAAUCGUUGAUGGUUAAACAGCGACUUGUGCAGGUACUUAAGCUGGUUCGUCCUAACGCAGUCGCAUUGGUCGACGCUUUUGGAUUCCCUGACUAUUUACUCAACUCUGCUCUUGGCGAGAAAGAUGGUCAUGUUUAUGAAAAAAUGACGGAGAUGGCAGAACGAGAACCACUGAAUCAAAAUACGGUAGCCGAUGGUUAUGAAGAGUUUAUUCAACCUUUGAUACACAAGGGCAAAAAGAACUGGAAGGUUGAUCAAGAUGGUGUUGCUAAACUUUAG